AUGGGCAACAUCUGCGGCAAGGAAGAACCAGACGCCUCGCCGCCCGGCCGCGUCCUCGGCUCCGCGCCCGCCGCACCGCAAAAGUCCACCGUCCCCAGAAAAGUCGGCGGCCCCCCGCGAACACUGGGCAACGGCCCUGCCGAAGCGACAACUUCAUCUGGGGACGUGGGUGAUGCGCGGAGGAAGGCCGCCGAGGCAGCAGAGGCCAGAGCAAAAGCAUCCAACAAACCAGGCGGCAAGCUACAAAGCCAGUUGUCCGCGCAGAAGAGGCAGUCACGAGCAGAUACCCUCAAGCAAGCCAGCGCCGAGGAGCAGCGGCGGAGGGAGAUUGCGAAUAACGACACUUUAACGUAUAACUAG